GAGGAGCUCAGGGAGGGCUGAGAGCUGUGUGUUUGGCUGAUUCACCUGCCCUAGGGCCACUGGGUGAAAGGGGAUAGUGUAAAGCCACCCACACAGGGCUGUUUGUUUCUGUGACUAAACCAAUGGCGGCAAUAACACAACAAUGUCAGUGCUGAGAGCGGCUGAGUCCUGUGACAUAAGCAGCUGUGACCUUUCACCCACUUUCUGUGUCAGCUGCUCUGCACAUUAUUUCUGCUGCUCAGGGACGACCUGUACUCACCACAGCCUAUGGGAGAGACACAGAACCAGCGCCUUCUCUGCUCCACCAGGUUCCUCCUGUUUGAUUUCUAGGAAUUUGUGCAGGUAAAGGAGUUCAGUCAUCAUGUGGGGCACUAUCGCUAAACAUUUACUGAAGGCUAAAGUCCACUGCCGUACAACACCUUUAAAGGUUCAAAAGAGCAGUCAAUUCCCUUCAAGAUCGCUGCUUCAGUUCAUCCGUUGGCAGCACAGUGCAAGGGUCCUUGCUGAGGAACAGCCAGCUCCAUCUGUCGCUAUGAUCCGCAAUGUGGAGUCUUUACGGAAGGAGCGGUUUGUUUGUGUGCAUUGGGAAGAUGGAGGCCAAAGUGUCUACCCCUUUGUGUGGCUAAGAGAUAACUGCCAGUGCCCUCAGUGUUUCCUUGGUUCUGCUAAAGCACGAAAACUUCCCAUUGAAGAUUUGGAUGUAAAUACAGGAGUGAAGGAUGUUACCUUGACAAACAGCAAGAAGGUCUCCAUUACGUGGCCGGAUGAGCACCAGAGUGUUUUUGAUGCCCAGUGGCUGAAGAGUAGAUGUUUCUCCAAACGUGCCAGAUCAGAAAUGAAGGAUGAACUGUUUGCCCCAGAACACCAAUACUGGGGCUCUGACCUUCAGAUACCUACAAUGUCUUACGAAGAUGUCCUCAACUGUGACCAAACUGCAUAUCAGUGGCUGUGCUCACUUAGGAAAGUGGGCAUUGUUCUUCUAGAAGGGGCUCCGGUCAAGCAAGGGGAGCUGCUUUCACUUGGCAAGAGGAUUGGUUACAUGAGGCUUACAUUUUAUGGGUACACUUGGCAAGUACAGGAUAAAGCUGAUGCGAAUAACGUUGCCUAUACAGCGGGGAAAUUAAGCCUUCACACAGAUUACCCGGCACUUCAGUAUCCCCCAGGGGUUCAGUUCCUUCACUGCCUGAGACAAGCAGAAUCUGGAGGUGAGAGUGAAGUGGUGGACGGGUUCCACGUCUGCCGCAAACUCAGAGAGCAGAAUCCAGAAGCCUUUGACAUUCUCACGUCUACUCAGAUCGAUUUCACGGACACUGGAGUCGAUUACUGCGAUUUUGCCCUGCAAUCCAAGCAGCGGAUUAUAGAGUUAGACCCAAAUGGGGAUCUUCUGCGGAUCAAUUUUAACAACGCGACUCGGGACUCUGUGUUGGACAUUCCAGCUGAACAAGUGCAGCCGUUCUACUCCUCCCUCAAAGACUUUGUGGAUGUCAUGAACAGACCCGAAAAUACCUUUUCUUUCAAAAUGAAACCAGGGCACGUGGUAACGUUUGACAACUGGCGAAUCCUACACGGCCGCCGCAGUUACCAAUCAGAAGCCUCAGUCUCACGCCAUCUGGAAGGUUCCUAUUUGGACUGGGAUGUUGUUUUGUCCAGAAUGAGACAUCUAAAGAAAAAGCUGGAGACUGACAGUUAAACCUUUCUAUUAUACAGCCAAGUUAAAGGGAAAGUAGGCUUUGUUUAUGAAAACAGAAUAAUUAGAAGCCACCAAGGAGUUCUAUGACCAUAUGAUUUUACGAAGCCGCAGUAUACUAGAAGCGCUAGUAAAUAGGCCAUGGGACUCCAAGACGACAUAUAGGACAUCUUUAAUAAUCAAUGACAUCACAAUUCACUAUUUAUCGGAAUAAAAUUUACAGGUUACUUGUACAUUGUUUCCCUAAGGGUAAAGUUACACCUGGAGAUUCGGGGAGAUUUAGUCACCCGGCGACUAAUCGCCUCUUCUUUGGGCCGACUAAUCUCCCCGAACUGCUU